AACUACUUAUUUAUUGAGGUUAUGUUGUGACAUUAUAAAUUAAUAUCAAACAAGUAAAUAAUCAUGCCGCUAGAUUUUCGAAGAUUUAAUGGUCCAGAAGAUAGUGUAUCAUAUAAAAUAUAUACUAAAGACUACUUGAAAACAUACGACGAACAAUUAAAAGAUCUGUAUGAUGAAAACGGGAAAAGAAAAGAUGGACGUGAGCUAAAUGAAGCUCGCAGCAUGUGUAUGUUUUGUAUGUUUGCCAGAACUGACAUGGUUUCACAAGCAAAGGGUUCAGCAUAUGUGGAGUUAAGGAAAACUAAAGUUGUAUGCUCUGUAUUUGAUCCUAGGGAGAUACCACAUCAAAAUGAAUUCCGUCAGCUUGGCCAGUUAUAUUGUGAAGUGAAAUUUGCACCGUUUUCAUGCCCGAGGAAACGUCGACCGUAUGUUCCUGAUGUAGAAGAGAAAGCCUUGUCUGUUGCUUUACGGCAGGCUCUUGAACCGGCUGUCUGUAGGCACUUCUUCCCAAACUAUCAGAUUGAUGUUUUAAUAUACAUCUUAGAACAUGACGGGUCAUGUUUAGCAGCUGCUAUCAAUGCAGCAGGACUUGCUCUAGCCAAUGCUGCCGUUCCGAUGUUUGAUAUAAUCACAUCAUGCUCUGUAGCAGUCAUAGGCAACAAAAUGUUCAUUGACCCCACCGAAAUAGAAGAACAUAUAGCAAAGAACAGUACAGAAGUAAACCACGGAAUUAUAACAAUGUCAGUGUUAUCACAGUUAAAACAGAUUUCAGAUUUCACACAAAUCGGUUCUAUGGAUGUCGAGUGUGUCACAAAAGUAAUGGAAGUUUUAUUAAAAGAAUGUGAAAUAAUAGUUCCAAAUAUACAAAGAAUUCUAGUUGUGGAUGUUGUAAAGAAUUUUGAAUUGAAAAAACACUUAGAAGCAGAAACAAAGAAACGGGAAGAGAUUUUGAAAAAGAAAAUGGAUGAAUGGAGAUCUUUAUUAAAUGGUCAAUGAAUACUAAUUUGCAUUUUAUUUGGCUUCCCCUUUGAAAAAUGAAUGUAUUUCCUAAAUUUUACAGUUUUGGUGGUUCACUGUAAUGUAACCUAUUUAACAAUUUUACAU